CCCCUGCGUCUGUCUUCGGCCCCGCCGUCCCAAAGCUGCCAGCACCCCAUUUCAUUUUUUUUUUCCCUUUGUGAAGGCGCUAACCAACAACCAACGACUCGCUGCAAGCAUAUUUUUUCUAAUUCUCGCAACAACACCAGCUUUGCAUUGAGAAAUUCAAAGAGACGCCGCCAUCCGCUGCUUCUUUUUCUUUUUCUUUUCUCUCUUCUGCGUCCAAAACAAAACCCCAUUCAUGCACGCCUCUCUCGCCAGCGCCGCCAACCCCCUCACCACCACUGCACCUGCGCAUCGCCGCAUGUGCCCCGGCUUCCCAUAGGAACCCCAGCAAGCGACUUGAAAGUCUUUGCGCUUGCUGCUAUCUAAUUCGGAGACGAAGAAAGACUUGCCAGUUACUGUGUAAACACAACCCAACCCCCAUCAAUCAAACCUGCCGUCCCAAGUUGUGGCGACAGCUCCCUCUUCUUGCAUUAGCGCGAUCCCACGGCUGAGACAGUGUCUUCUGUGCUUUUCUGCCCAAGCCUUGCAUUAUAGUUGCAUGACCCUCGCCGCCUCUGUCGCGCACAUCACCAACUUUUUGCGACCAUCCGGAUACGCCCGUGUUCCCAGCGAAGAAGUCGACGACUUGGAACAAGAAACCAUGACGCACGACGCUUCUGCAACCCCCGUGGUUGACGACCAGCACCAACAGCCGCAUGCUGCUGCUGGUGCUGCCGACGCAAAGACACCCGUCUACGUAAACAGCCUGGACCGCAACGACUCCUCAGAGGCGACUGAGGACGAAGUCUCCCGCGGCAUUCAUAUCCUCGAGGCCAAGUCUACGCACUGGUACGACUGCCUCAAGGACGUCAACUUUUGGAUCCUCGUCGUCCUCGGCCAAGUCCUGUCGCUCUGCAUCACGGCAACCACCACGUUCACCACGUACCUCGCCGACGCUGGCAACAACGUCCCUGCCUUCCAGACCGUCUUCAACUACAUUUUGAUCUUCAUCAUCUACUUCACCGUCUUCAUUACGCGCGAGGGUUUCGCUGGAUUCUGGCGAGCCCUCCGCAAGGACUGGUGGCGAUACCUGAUUAUGUCGUUCCUAGACGUCGAGGGCAACUACUUCACCGUCCGCGCCUUUGCCGACACUGACCUUCUCUCUACGCAGCUCAUCAACUUCUGGUCCAUCGUUUGCGUCGUCAUCAUCUCCUUCGUCUUCCUCAAGGUUCGCUACCGAUGGGUCCAGAUCUUCGGCAUCCUGGUUUGCUGCGGCGGCAUGGGCCUGCUCAUCGCAUCCGACUACAUCACCAGCCACGAGACACCCGCCGACCCCAACGACCCUGGCCCCAGAAACAAGCUCCGCGGCGAUCUCUUUGCCCUGCUCGGUGCUACUCUCUACGGAACCAGCAACGUCUUGGAGGAGUUCCUCGUCUCCAGGGCAAGCAUGUACCAUGUGCUGACCUUUAUUGGCGGCUUCGGAAUGAUCAUCAACGGUGUCCAGGCCGCCAUCUUCGACCGCGAGUCGUUCCAAGAGGCUACUUGGAAUAGCCAGGUUGGUGGCUGGCUAACAGGCUACACUAUCUGCUUGACCCUCUUCUAUUCCUUGGCUCCGCUGAUGCUGCGUAUGGGCAGUGCCGCAUUCUUCGACAUCUCACUCCUGACUGCCAACUUCUGGAUCGCCGUCAUUGGUGUAUAUGUGUUCCACAAGAGCAUGGACACUACUCGCUACCCGGCUGCCUUUGUUAUGAUCAUUAUUGGUAUUCUCCUCUACUCGCUCUUUGGUAGCUUCCUUGGUGACUCAAAGAAGCCUUGGCUCGGCGAGAACCAGGAACAGGGCUUUGCUGGCCUCGGAACGGCCAAACUCAGAGCCAUCAACGAGGCUCGCAACGCUCGUGGGGAUGUUGAAAGCGGCGAUGGUCCACGUAACGGUAGCACCCCUGCCCCCGCUUCGAGUCUUCUUGGACAGAUGAGACAGCGUCUGUUCCCCUCUGCCUCCAAGUAAACGACACAAAAUCACGGCCGCACAGCAUAAUGUUCAUUUUGAAUAAAGAAUGUAUAUUCCACAUCGGAUGCACUGUUUUGAAAACUAUUCGCUAGACUAUGCCAAAAUAUAGAAAACAUGAAAAUAAAAGAAGCAAAGUAUAUGCACCUUCAUCAUAAAGUAACUGUGAGGUGCUCAAAAGUAGUCUGACAGACUUGGAAGCGUCCACAGCCCUUCUUCGUAAACAGAUAUAGCAAUGGGGGUAUAUGCGGUGGCAUCGAUGAAUUUAAUAAACCAUGUCAAGGUAGUAAAGACCAAUAUAUAGGUACAGAGGAUAUAUGUGCUGCUGCUCCACUAGGAGCGACUGUUGCUCGGCCCAGCAGACACUAGUUUCUUUCCUGGCAUCAUCGCUUGCUGGCGGAGUUCUCGGCUUUCGCUUGUGAGUAGAGUUUUGUUCUCAGAGCCUUCUGAAAAAGACUGAUCAUUAACUCGAAAUUUCUCGCGGAGGCCCUCAGGAACAGAUGUUGGUGUGUUUGGCGUCAGCGUGGGCUGGUCGUAAGAGUCAGGCCAAAGUAUACGAGCGGCCUCUUCUUCAGUCAUUGGCUCCUCCUCCUCUACAUAGUGUGAAGUUUCUAGAGGAUGGAAUCGGACCUGUCCACGACCUCGGCUUGAGACCUCGGCAUCAGAAGCGUCCUCUUCGGUAGCAGUAGACGAGGAUCGUAUGGAUAUCUGGCGCGUAGGAAUAGAUCUGACAGGAGAGCUGUUGACUGUCUGGUACUCUGGCGGUUGCUGAGUAUCAGCAUCCAAACCAGUCGUAUCAAUGUGAAGCUCAUCGUCACUAGAAUCAUCGUCUGUGCUAGAGUCGUCGCUGUCGUCUUGGUCGCUGCGGGCAGCUGUGGAACCUCUUCGGCGCUCUGGGCUUCUGUCCGCCAGCUGCUGCACCUCAGAGCUGAGACUCUUGUCUUCCGCGUUGCUUGAACUUUUCGGCAGCAGGGGAACUUGUGAUCCGCUGCGGACUCUGCCUACUCGCAAUAUGUUCUUCAUCAGAUGCAGUUCAUGAGUCUUGUAAGUCUCGUAAAAGGCUCGAUUGACACGUGCAGUUGCAUGCAAGUCUCCCAAGCUUGCAAUUUCGCCAAGGAUCUGCAGCAGGACCUUCUCUGGAAACUCUGUUGCCACAGUGUAGUUGUCAUUAGCAGCCGCCAUACGGUCAAGCCGCGUAGCCUCGUCGAUUUGGGGUUCCGACGUCAAGUUCUUUGAUAGGGCCCAGCCGUGGCUCUUGCCACUGACAUCACGCAGGGUGAGACCGUUUACAGUGUUGUAAAUAUCAGCAACCAAUGUCCUAAAGGAAGGGAUCGGGUCGCAAACACCGCCGCGAUGAACUGGUGUCGUCGGAGACGGAAUAGACCGAAGCAUGUCAACUAUCUGAACAAGACUCUUUGAUCGAAACGGUGGGUGAGGGUUUGAAGCCAGUGCAUUGGAGUGCAAAAUCGAUGAAGUGACUCCCAUAUUGUUAAAGACCAGCAUCAGCCAUCCAAGAUUAGCGGCAUCGCACCAAUGACUCCCUUUUGGGCAACGGGGCGUUGUAGUGAUUGGCAUCGUUGUCCUUGGUGUAGUCGACGGCCCAUAAAGCCCACUCCUCGAACCCGCUGUAGCAUCAAAUUCGGGCUCCACGACGGGUUCGCAAGUUGGGGGCUGUAGAUAUUCUUGUAGCGUGGCCGUACAGCAUUCGUACAGCUGCGCUACCUUUGCAUUUCUAACAGCCCAGACUUUGUCUUUAAUCUUUUGGGGCCAUGGUUUGCUGUUCAAGUCGUUUUCGUCCUUCAAGUUCAAGACAGCACUCUUGGACAUGCGAGUAAAGAGGCCCCUAGAGCCAAACGCGUAGCUAAUAAUGAGCAAACCAUCUGGCAUAUCAUCAGCACCUUUAUGCAUCCAUUGCGGCAACCAGCGGUGCUCAACUAUAAGCUCAAGCGGUGAGGUAGUCUUAUACUUUAUUGAGCAUUCUGCAAUAGCAACAAAUUGCUCGAACGAGACAUCUCGCGGUACAUGCGCAUUAUGCAUAUGUGCUGCAUGCAUCAUAAUCUCCAUCGCUUGAUACUGAUUAGAUUCGUACUGAGGCAUCCUAUAGAGCCAGACUUCCGAGCCAUCAGCGCAGUAGAAUUUAGUCGGUGGUGCUGGGAGGUGUGGUGUAAUGUCCUCAGCGUCGUGGUGAUGCAGACUGUAUCCAUGACCAGAGAACAUGCGAGCAAAGAUUGGUGAUGUUUCUGCCAGAACAUGGGGAGAGAUUCGGAAUCGAAGGACAGGGUCUUCGCUUGUUCCAUCUGGAUUUAAAUUGGCAAACUCGAGCACCGCAUCUCCUCGGGGGGAUAUCGGAAACUCUACAAUUGUACGGCUCGGUGAGAUGCCUGAUUCACCUUUUUGUAAUAUUUGACGAACAUUUCCGAGUUCGGUUCGUAGUUUCUCGUAAUUUCUGAAUCGGAUUUCAUAUCUGGGAAACUACGAUAUAUGUUAGACGUGAUUUAACCAUUGAAUGGAGAUUGG